UCCGUGUGCUUCGUGGUAUAAAAGGCGACGGUAAGGACUACCAGCAUCAUGCAAAAAGUUGGUGCAUCAAAUAGAUCGACAAGAUCGGUGGAAGUGAACCGCUUAAUUAUCUGGAUUUUCCAUCGAAAAUCACUUAAUCGCGAAUAGCCGAUAUUUCCUGGAAGAUUUCUAAAAAGAUACAAAAGUGAUCAAAUAAAGAAAGAAUUGUCACAAAAAAAAUCCGAAGAAGAAUUAAGAUCAAGAUGCUCAGUUGCAUUAGUUUUGUUCUAAUUGCCAUCGCGUCGGUGGCGGCGAUGGCGGAGUCGAAGGUGAUUCCGGCCGAGCCUAUUUCCGUUACGCUCGAUGCUUACGGCAAGCCUGUAAUGUUCCUGAGGGAGAAAAGAACGGUCGUUCGCCCUUUUCCGCACAGAACGAUGAUGUUCACCGGUUACUACAGACCGAUACGUCGCACGAGUAACGGCGGCCAGGCAACCGGUGUCUUCGCGCAAGGAAACGCCGUGAGCGGCGGAGCUUUCUUCGGCGGUGUGCACUCGCCGCAUCUUAAAGGCGGCCCGGAACCAAUCGAGGAACCGGAAGUGUCCAGCGCCGAGGCACAAGCGGCACCGGCGCCCGAAGAAGAGCAGGAACGCGAAUAUCAUCAUCAUCGAAAUGAGGUGCAUCAUCAUGAGGAGGAUCAGCAUCACGAGCAUCACCACCACGAUGAGGAAGACCAGCUUCAUUCCGACGAGCCGCAUUAUCAUUACCAUCAUCAAGAUUCUUUGACUCCUCAGGAUCAUCACGAAUUGGAGCAGAAUCCGUUAACCACAGAGAUUGCGCAACCGACGGAAAAGCCGUUCACUGAGGCGCCCAUAACCCGACCGAAGAUACAUCAUACUAAGAAAACGCAUAAGACGCCCGUGACUGUCAACGCCGACGAUGAUGACGACGACGAAGACGAGGUGGAUGAGGAAGACGACGAACCGGUUGUGCCAUUCGUACCUUUUAAGGGCAACAGACGCCGUCAGAAAUAUCCCCAUCUGAACAACUUCUUCCCUAUGGUCUUCAGCUUCCCGAGACUAGCCACGCGCGCUGGAUCCUCCGGGUCUCUUCCUGGUGCCAUCACUGCUAUUGCGAAUAGUUACUCCACAUCAAAAGGCGGAAUCGCCAGCUCAGUAGCCACUGCCUACGGCGGAUCUCCAACCGGAAAGAAACGACGCCCGCAACCGUAUAAGGAAUAAUUCUUAAAGCAAUCGAUAUUGGCGAGUUGGAAAACUGAAUACACCUGGAAGAUUUUAGGCUGAAGCUACAAUUUUGUGGAUAUCUCGUACGUUAUCUUUGUAAUUACCCAGUUUUAUAUAUCUUGUUAAAUACUUCUCAAAUCUCAGAUAUUUAAAGAAAAAUAAUCAAGUCACAUACAGAAGAGUUUUCGACGAAAACGCGAAACUAUAGUUUAAGAACAAUAUUAAAUUUAUUUUCGAGAUUGUGCAAUUUAUUAUGUAAGAUAUUUUGUUAAGUAGACUAACACAAAUUUACAGUGUUUUAAUAUUUAGACAGAACUUUAAAUUAUUGCUAUAUGCUACUUUAUAGUAAACUUCCAGACAGAAUUGUAAUUAUUUGGUAAAGCGAGUUAAACAAUUUUCCAAUAAAAAUAAAUAUUCUUUUGCAUUCAACA